AUGGCUUCUACAAGCAAGUUAAACAAAGACCUUUGGACAAAUAUAACUCGACUUAAAUUAUUAACAAAACCAGACGCCCCAGUUAAAUUUAUACUUGAAAAAACUCCUUUUGAUGAUGAAGAAGACGAAGAGUGUCCCAAAGUACGAGAUGAAUAUCUCAUUAGUGGACGAAUUUUACCUAAUUCAAAUAUUUUUAAAGAUGGUGCAUAUCGAAUAGAAAUGAAAUUAAUACCAACAUAUCCCAUAGAACCACCAGAAGUCCGAUUUUUAACACCAAUCUAUCACCCUAAUAUCACUUCAGAUGGAAAAUUUUGUUAUCAAUUAUUGAACAAUGCCUCAAAGUGGAAGAAAGGAACCACUUUAGUUGAAGCUGUGCAAACUGUUGUCAAACAUGUAGAUAAUCCUGAUGCUGACUAUGCUGUUAAUUAUGAAAUAGGUAAAGAAUAUAUGCAGAACAGACCAGAAUUCAAUCGAAAAGCCUCAGAAAUGGCGAAAAAAUAUUCAUUACCUCGUCAAUGA